UGUGUGUGAAAGAGAGAGAGAGAGAGAUAGAUAGAUAUCCAGCCUUUAACAAAUAUACAUUAUACUUCAGCAAUAACUGUUCAUAUACAUAUGCCACCAUUUGAUAAACAAGAACAACCUUUGAACCAACCCAACAGCUCAGAAGCUAGUUCAGUCACGCCCUCAGUUUUAUUUGAACCUCACACAUGCAAAUCAAGAUUUCAUAUAAACCUUCAGACACAAGCAAUGAAACCUGAAUGAUGAAAACAUUCUUUUACACACACACACACAUACACACACAAUUACAGAAAAAGCAGGAGAACAGAAGGAGAGAAAGGGCUGCUGGCUGUCACUGACUAACCACAAACAAUGAUACACUAAUCCCAAACACCCGUCCAAAGAGAGCAGGACUAAAGAAAAGAAGAACUGUUGCACCAUUUAGGUUUUAUGGUCUAUGUCGAAGGAGUGUCUGAGGUUUUACUUUUUUUCAGGCUUCUAGUCCGGUUUGACUAGUUCUGGGUUUAACAAGAAGGAGGGGAUAUAUAGAGGGAAAAAGGAAGGUUUAGAGAAAGACGGCAAAUAGGUCAGCAGUGAAAGAGAUUAUGGAAAGUCUUUGGAUCAGUGUUUAAUCCAUCUCUCUGUCUCACAUUAUCUGUGAAGAUAAAGCAUCAAGAAUCAGAACCAGAAGAAAAAUCAGAAUCAGUGACUUGUCACCACUCUCUGGAUUCCUUGGAGUUACCAGCCUGUGGAAAGUAUGUCCAGUUUCCUGUAUUACCUCCUCCCAGCGGUAGGGGGGUACACCAUAGCAUCCCUAUACCUGCUGAAGAAUCCACACAUUCUGCACAAGAAGAAGCAGACAGCCUUCCACUGCACACACAUCUCACACAGAGGAGGUUCUGGUGAGAGAAUCGAAAGCACCAUGGAGGCUUUUACACAUGCAGUGGACUUGGGCACAGAGAUGCUCGAGCUGGACUGCCACCUUACUCGAGAUGGUCACGUGAUAGUGUCGCAUGAUGAGAAUCUCCUGCGGCAGACUGGGCUCGAUGCCAACAUCUCCGAUCUAAACUUAGAGGAGAUACCACAGUACAAGGAACAACUCGAGGUUACGUUUUACACAGGUCGCUACAGCACUGGCUCUGACAGAAAGUUUGCCCUGUUAGAAGAAGUCUUCCGCAAGUUUCCCAAGAUGCCCGUGAACAUCGAGGUGAAAGAGCUCAACAUAGAGCUGAUUGAAAAGGUAUCCGCACUUGUUAAGAAGUAUGACCGAGAAGACAUCACAGUAUGGGCAUCUGUGGAGACAACGAUCAUGAAGGAAUGUCGUAAAGUGAAUUCCACGAUGCCUUACAUGUUCACAGAGACGCGUGGUAUUCAGCUGCUCCUGCUUUACUACACUGGCCUUUUGCCCUUCAUCACGUUGGGAGAAAGCUUCCUGCAGUACUACCUGCCUCAAAUCAUCAAUACGACUUACAUCCCAGAGCCUGGCAUUCUAAGGAACAAAUGGGUCAUCUGUCUCAUUGAAAAGUUGACUUUGAGGAAAGCUUUGUUUCAGCAUCUUAAAGACCGAGGAAUUCAGAUCCAUCUGUUUGUUUGCAAUGAAGAACGGGACAUCGAGGCUGCUUUUGCGGCGGGAGCAACCGGAGUCAUGACUGAUUAUCCCACUCUCUUAGCAGACUACCUAAGGAGGCAUAGACAGGCCAAAAAAUGACGAGUUGAAUGUGAUUGAGAAUAAUACACAGCAGUGAUAAUUAUAUUAAAUGAUUAACAAUUUAUUUGUAACAAUGAUUAAAAUAUAAAAUGAAAAAGGAUUAAAAUUUAUAAUGUUAGAUCUACACUAUUGAUUUUAAUUCUCUCAUUUAUAUAAUAUAUCCACUGGCUUCCUUGUUUUCUAGAUUGUAUAGCCAUUAUAAUUUCUGUUGGUUUUGCUACAGAUUGCAGAUUUUAUCACCUUUGUGAGAACAUCGGGGUCUGGGGGAUAUUAGAGUCCAGUGAAAUAAAACAAAUCACAAAACAAAACUAUUCUCAAGAACAGUUUGUCAUUCCUGGAUUUUGCGAUUCUCUCAGGAAUACAUUGUUCCAAUCACAUGUCGACACAGAGAUUUCUAAUAAACUCAGCAAGCUGUUGUGCAGAGAAGUGCUCAUGUCUUGUGUCUCUCUGCUUACAGUUAUGUCUUACUUGUGUAAGUAAAUCGCUGGCUUGAAGGGCAGCAAAGGAUUUAAUUGAUUAUAUAUUUUCAUGAAAUGAUAGUCAGGGGCACUGAACCUAAUCAUGUUGUGUUACAUCUGAUACAUUUUAUGUAAUAACGUUUAACUGUAUCAUCACUGCCAGAUAAAUUACAGAUUAAUUAAAUUAAUAUCACAA